AUGGCUUUAGCACAAGCAAAAGAGCCAAAACAAAUAGAUCACCCAAAUUCCAUAUCGAUAUACAUUAGACAAUUGAUAUUUAAUCAUAUAUUAAGAAGAAGAGUAAUCAGUCAAUACUGUUGUCAUCAAAAUGCAACAUUGGACACACUCAAUCAUCUAUUUGAAUGGUCUCAAGUUGACUUUGAUUUGGAUUAUUUGAAAGCAUUAAUCACCUAUUUUAAAAGAACGUUGGAUGAUAUAAAAAAUCAAGAGAUAUUAUCAAUAGAAGAGACAGAAACGAAUGACUUUCUCAGUUGCGCAAUCAACAUGGCUUGCAAAUAUGGGUAUCUCUCAACUGUCAAAUUGAUUUGCUCUUUCAAAUAUGUACAUUUCAAACACAUAGCAAUGCAAAAAGCUUGUAUAAUGGAUUCAUUGACAUUAAUUGAUUCUUCGAUAUGGACAAGAAUAAUAUUAAAGAGUCUGUACUUGACUCUACCAAUAUGCAUAAUCUACCCUCAAUUCAGUCUAAAGUCCAUCUUGGUCGCCUCCAUUCCUUCAAUCAUUGGUAAACUGUUUGAUGUGUUUGCAAAGAAUAGUAAUCAAAAAGAUGGAUACUGCUCUCUUUUAUCGAUGUCAAAAGGAUAUACAAGAUUUUGA